CACUACCCACAAACUAAAAACAGUUGACUUUCAAAAAAUUAGUGUUGACUCGGUUUCAUUGACUUUGUCCUCUGCAAACUCUCCCAAUCCCAAAGAUUAGAAACUCCAAAGCAGUUUCCUCUCUUUGCUUUAUAUAUAUAUAUAUACUCCUUUGUCAAACCCAAACAGAGUUUAAAAGUUGAUAUAUUUAAUUUAGAGAAGAACAAAAUGCAGUACAGAGGCGUAGAGAUUACCAUAAUCUCAGCCAAAGAUCUGAAAAGAGUAAAACACUUGACCAAAAUGGAUGUGUACGUCGUCGUUUCGCUCUCUGGGGGUCCAGAGAUGGAACAGAAGACACCAGUGGACAAAGCAAGUGGGCCCAAUCCAAAUUGGAACUACCCAAUGAAUUUCAACAUCGACGAAGAAGAGGCCCAUAAGGGACGUUUGGCCCUAAAAUUCGAGGUUAAAUGCCACCGCAGACUUCACAGCGAUAAAGAUAUUGGAGAAGUCAACGUUCCGGUCAAAGAGCUCUUGGAUAACGGCGGUGACGGCAAGUUCAUCAAAUACGUCACUUACCAGCUUCGCAAACCUAACGGCAAGCACAGAGGUCAGCUCAACUUGUCUUACAAGUUCGCUAAUCAAGUCCUCGAAACGACGUCGUCCACCAAGGUUCAUGAUACUGUUUAUCAAGUUCCGGCUUUAGUAACGGCUUACUACCCCGUUAAUUACGCUGCCACCAAUUUGAACUUGCCUAAGUCGGACCCUUCUGUUGGAUAUCCAAUCCAGGGCGGGAAUCCAGUAUUUCAGAAUUCGGGUUCGGGUUCGGGUUCAAGAUCAGGAUUGGGUUAUUCGGAGUAUCAUAAUCCGAUGUUUGUUUACGGCAGCUCAGAAUUUGUUCAGCCACAUAAUAAAGCUGAGAAUCCGGAAGUGGAUGCCUGCUUUUUUCAAUAGUUAUUAUGAUGAUGGGGUUGGUAGUUAAUGCUAAUUUCCUUCGUAUUAUGCUUCGUUUGAUUUUUAUGAUGUUUUUAUUUCCUCAAAAAAAUGUGAAUAGAUUUUUUGUCAAGAAGAUUUGAUUAACCUUUCCUAUUAUUUAUGGUUUUUGUUUAAUUAACUAAUGCUAUAUAGUAAAAGGGCUUUUUUUGUAGAAGGUAUUCAAAAUAAUUUGUUUGUGGGGAAUAUGAUUGUAUGGAAAAACGUGUAAACUCUAUUUAGUUGUGUAAGAAUUUUAUAUAUUAUUUUAAAAAAUUAAAAUAAAAUAUUUUUUUUAUUAUAUGUA